CGGGCUGAUGCGCUCUGUUGUUUUUCCACAUGCUCUCACGGUCGUCAAGGGGCGCAGCAGGGCUUCUAAGCCGCCGAGCUCUCCCAUCAUGCAGAGAACGAUCCUUAUUUUUGACUUCUCGCCGGCAAGAUGUCUUUGUUCGAUUUAACAGCUCGUCAAAUGAAUCUAGCGACAACGACAAACCGAAGUUCUACCCUCGUUACGGACAGACCUCAGGCCCUCGUGCCAAAUUACCACGGAAAAAUGAGAGUAAAUCAGUCCCUCUUGACGUGGAGUUCUUAGGAUCACCUGGGGAAAUUGUUCUCGUGCAAGAUCGAGUUCGUCGCCGCCGAACGCCAGAGGUUCAAAAGAACCCCGACAAGCAGACCGAAGAAUCCGGCAGCCUCCCUUUCUUUCUAGAAGAACUCGAACAAGAAAGGAUUUCGCUUGAUAGUACGGUGGUCAAUGAACGAAUUGAAAGUGUUCGCUCGUCUCAUCAGCCGAACGACAAGUUAACCGCCACGGACUGGGAGGACCUUCGGUUCGAAGUCCAGUCCUCUUUCACCUACGCGCAAUUGUCGGACUAUAUAAGCGAUAAUAAACCAAACGAAUCGGAUACAACGGAGGAAGAGCUGCAGAAUGACAUUGUGAAGGCUGCAGUGUGGAAGCCUGGAGUUUCGAUGUUUCUCGAAACAGAUCCUGUUUCCCGGGAGGGUCUUGCCGACAGAGUCGCAUCGACACAGGCUCUGAAGGGCAAACAAUUGCUUGCUGAGAGAAUUCUUCGGGACUGCUGGCAGCUUGGAGUCACUGGCGAAAUUGGACAGCUCGACAUUCGCCUUCCCUCUCAUUCGAUAUCUCUGCUUCUCAAGUCUGAUUUUUUCUCGUUCGAAGAAUUGGCCAGUCUGCACGACGCGAAGAUCGACGUAACACACACAUUGGGGCUUGUUAGGAUUACUGGAAAACAGUAUACGUGCGAGUCAAUCCGCGAAAUCGUCCACGAUGCGACUGCUAGGAUACGGGAAGAAAAGAUUGGACUACACCCAGAAGGCGACGCUAAGGGCACCCGCUUGUUCAGUCCAGAGUUCUUGGAAUGGCUCGGUAAAACUUAUGGAGUGGUUUUUGAACAAAACCCGUUAUUUGGUCCGAGCAAGUUCUUUUAUCUUAUCGAGGACAAGGAAGACGCUGAAGAUGCCCGAAGAACCCUGAAUCUCGCCUUGAACCAUACAGUACCUCCUCGUGUACCUUUUAGCACUUACGUGCCUGCUUCCCAACCAGCAAGUGUUUAUAAUGUCGAGCCUGGUCACAAUACGUCGUGGUUUGAUCGACAAAAACAAUGGUUUCGAUGGGCGAUGUCAUCGACCCAAUCUACCGAGGCCAAGGAACUGGAUAGACCUAUUUUCGAUAAGCAUCAGACACGCCUUUCGGACCAGCUGCUCAAAUUGCUUAGGCGGCCUAUCUCCGGUAUCCCCAAUUAUAGCAAUGUUGCCGGUUACCACGAAACUCUUACAGCUUCAAUUGGAAAGUGUCUCUUCCAGCAAAAACCGCAUUCUGACGAACAAAGCCUCAGCGCCUCUCAAUUGGGCUCUAUGACUCUUCCCCGGACUUUCACCACCGAUGUUCCUCGAGUGACAUCAUUUCUCCAGUCAUUGACGCCUCGUAUAUCUGAUGAUAGCCUGAAAACCCACCGUAUUCGGUUGGUACCAACGGCUCCGAAUACAGCCAUUUUUCCAGAACUUGAUUUGGAGGUUGCGGUUAGCAGAUUAAAUGGGGAAGACGCUACUUUUGCUGUGCGUGGCGCAAAAGCAGUUAUAACUGAGAGUAGCGUCGAUUAUCUCCUUCCGGAGAAUGGAUUGGACCUCCGGUUUACUCGAAACGUGUUCCAAGAUCUAUUGGAUGAAUUUUAUGAUAACUCCCACGUUGUUGGAGGAGUCGAAGACGUCCAGCACACAAUCCAUGAGUGCUUGCAACGCAUUUUCUCAAAGAGCAGAGCCGAAUCACCACUUCCUGCAUUUUCCCACAUUUCAUUGCCUAAGAGGUUCUUAAGAAAAAUACCGCCUGGAGCAAACAAUGACAUGGAUGAAUUUGUUACUGGAGAGUACAUGUUUAUGCCAGUCAGUGAUAUCAGAGGCACUCGGGUCCAUCAUUAUGACUUCCAAGACCAGCGCGUUAACUACAGUUUCUACGAAAGCGGACCAUUCUUGCCGGACAGAACGACUGAUAUGUUCUUAGACAUGGUUGUUCCAAACAAGGGCCCUAAUCAAGCUCAAGGGCAAGCCAACUCAUAUGACCUGGAGUUCAAUACAUUUUACAAAACAGCAUGCAAGUUGGCGUUUGAACUUGACAACACCUGGCGAAUGUCCUAAUGAUUGAAGGAGCUUAUAUUUCUAUUUCACGUGUAUUAAUAAUAUUUAUCUUUUGGGGAUACAUGCUUCUGUUUAUUUUGGGAGGCUAUCCAAGGACAUCGGGAGCAAUUUGUUGCACAUAUAUGUAUAAAACUGCUGUUAUUUGAAGAAUAGAUCAUGGUCAAGCCAUCUAAACUGUUAUAUACCUGCUGAUAUUCUCACCUCAAGACGAUUAUCAAUUGAGUUAUGUUAAUUCUAUGCCAAUGAAGGCAUGGAUUUCGAUCAUUCCUUUCCUGAAGCCAUGUUAUGUUCAUCGAGUUACACUGCAAGAUUUCAGCCAUACAAGAUCAUCUUGGGUCAAGCAGUAAGCCAGUGAGAUUCCUGCUUUGAGAUCGCUAUUAGAAUACAUCUUUUGU